AAGCCAGCAAGUUUGGAGAGCGUGUAGAGUUUAAUCAAUUCAUAACGUCGAGAUGGAGCCGAACUCACUGAAGUGGGUGGGCUCGUCUUGCGGUUUACAUGGACCAUAUAUAUUCUAUAAAGCCUUUAAAUUUAGCCGGGAUGGCAAAGCCAGAAUCCUCGCUCUUGGGGACUUUUUCUUCGUCAGAUGCAAACCCGAGGAUCCUAUAUGCAUAGCGGAGCUGCAGCUUCUAUGGGAGGAAAGAACAAGCAAGCAACUUUUAUCCAGCUCCAAACUUUAUUUCCUACCCGAGGAUACUCCCCAGGGACGAUCCGUCGCUCAUGGAGAGCACGAGGUGAUCGCUGUGUCUGAGAAGGUAAUUGUGCGGCUUCAGGACCUGGUGAAGUGGACGGUACCGGAUUUCUCGGGAUGGGCCAACGGUCUGAAGGUGGAGCCUCUGAAGCCCUCAGUGCUUCGCGAGCUGGGGACCAACGGAAGACGCGAGGCCCUCCACCGCUACAGGGAGAGCACCCUGACCAGCGGCCUCAACUUCAAAGACGUCCAGAGGGAGCGAGCAAAUCUAGGCCAAGAAGAGGAUGGACGGAAGGUUUUAGUCCUCAGUUACCCCCAGUACUGUCGCUACCGAUCCGUAUUGGCUCGGCUCAGAGAGCAGCCGUCCUCGCUGCUCAUAGACCACACGGUGCUGGCUCUGGGCGGCAUCGCUGCGCUGGGCGGAAGCACAAGGAUCCUGUACUGCCGUGACACCUUUGAGCAUCCGACCCUUCUUCAAAACGAGAGCAUCUGUGACGAGUUUGCUCCCAACCUGAAGGGGCGACCUCGAAAGAAGAAGCUGUCCAUCUCUCAGAGGAGGGACUCCCAGGGUCAGGCUCCGGGUCAAGGCUCGUCAGGGUCGACCCAGGGUUCGGCAGCUGUGGCAGCUCCAGAUCCGUCAAGCCCAGAGAGUAAAAAUGCAACAAAGGUCAAGCCCAGCUGUAAAACGGUACCCAACGGAAAGCUAACCACACCGGGCAAACAAAAGCUUGCAGGCCUCAGUAAGAAGUCGUCACCCGAUGAGAAGGAGCGAGGAAAGGAGAAGGAAAAGGAGGAGGGGAGCGAGAAAAAGGAUGAGAAGAAAGAUGAGGAAACUUCAGAGGAGAGCCGUGCAGAGGAGCAGGCUUUUUUGGUAGAGCUCUACAAGUACAUGAAAGAGCGAGACACGCCCAUAGAGAGGAUCCCCUUCCUCGGCUUCAAACAGAUCAACCUUUGGACUAUGUUUCAAGCUGCACAGAAACUCGGAGGAUAUGAGUUAAUCACAGUCCGAAGACAGUGGAAGCACGUUUAUGAUGAAUUGGGCGGAAACCCGAGCAGCACAAGUGCCGCCACGUGUACGCGGAGACACUACGAAAGGCUCCUCCUUCCAUACGAGAGGCACCUUAAAGGUGAACAGGACAAGCCCCUCCCACUGACCAAACCCAGGAAGCAGGAGAGCAGCCAAGAGAAGGCGUCUGGAGCCGGAGCCAAAGUGAAAGUAGUAGGGCCCAAGAAACUGAAGGGCCCCAGUCAUCCUAAGCUAAGCAGUAAAAAGGAGAGAGGAGAGGUGAAACAAGAACAAACACAGGAGUCAAAGGUGAAAGAAGACAACUAUGAGAUUUCAUCAGCCAUAAAAAAUGACCCGUCUCUUCAAGAUGAGCCGAUUGUAAUAGAGGAGGAAGAGUUACAUGUCACCCUGAAGGAGGAGGAGUCGUUGGGAGUGGAGCAGCCAUCCUCGCUCUGCCCCAAAGAAUCUGACUGCAGACCCCCACACGUUGGUUUCCCCCUUCACACAGGACCUUCUUCACAACCCGAGUGGAGGCAAAUCAGCGAGGUGCUCCAAGCGAAGCUUGCAGGCGAACAGCAAACCGAAGGGCAUUUCAUUCCAAAAAAUUCAUACCUGUUUCACCGCUGGGAUCAGAAUAAAGCUGCUGGACAUGUCGCUCUGCCUGAGCACUUCUCCAAGGUCAAAGACUGCAUUGAGAACCACGGUGGGAGAGUGGGGAAGGUGCUGCCCAUGUGUAAGCAGGUGGAUGGACAGUGUAUUGACUUGAGUAAGCAGGUGGAUGGACAUUGUAUUGACUUGAGUACAGAUUCUAAUGCGGACAAGGACGACUAUGUGGCGAUUAAGAAGGAGUCAACCCAGGGCACAGGACAGACAGCUGCCUACUGCAAAGCCAACCAGGGGGUCAUGUCCCCUUUGGCCAAAAAGAAGCUCCUCUCCCAGGUGUGUGAGUCCAACCCUUACUCCUUUUCUUCUCUUCAGUCUCCACCUCCCACAGCUAUGUCCUCGCUUCCUCGAGGUGAUCGAGAGAAGGAGCAAAGAAAGACUGACGAAGAGGUGGUGGGACAAAGGUACAAGAGCACGUCAGACAGUAUCCCUGAAGUCUCACCCAUAUUCCGGCCAUCAGUGAUCCAGCACGCACAGAGCAGCAAAGCUCACCAACAGACCCCCGGGGGGCAGCCAGAGAGAAAAUCUGCUGCUGAGAUGUCAGAUUCCUACAGCCGGACGAGCCAUCAGGCUCAACCUCAUGCAAGCGUGCCAUGGCAACCUUACCUGCCCCGAGCCCAAACCCAGGACAGUACAGAGACCACUGGGGACAAAAUCCUCCAAGGUCCAGUCGCUCAGUCCAGGAGCUAUACAGUGGACUGCUAUUCAUCACCUCAUCUUCACAGCUUGUACAGACAAACUGAGAGCUGCCUGAGCCAAGACAGGAUGGCUAGCUUUGCUGGUGGAGAACGGAGAGAGCACUACAGCAGGGAGUGCGAGGGCGGCCAAAGCUUUGUUUGUGUUGGUCUGGAGCAAGAAGGCUUGGCAUACAGAUCUCACUACAAUGACAGGACUCAGACACAGGGGGAGAAUGGAGAGUCUGAAGACGAACCCAGAGACUUUUCUAUUUCUAAACCUUUAUCUCAUAGGGCUUCGUCCUUUUCCAAGCCACCUUUCUGUAGUCUCUCCUAUCCCAUCAUGCACCACGGUUUGGAAUCCCAUCCUAAGGCGUGUCGAGUCUCGCCAAUGACAAUCUCUAGCCCCAAACAAAGCUCACAAGAUUCUUCUCAGACAUUUCCCAGCCCCAAAACGUCAGGUGACCUGCCCCUCAACAGUCCUAUUCGACCUAGUAAGCGGAGUCUGGCAGAAGCAGAGAGCGAAGACGCCCCAGAAAGGAAAGUACGAGUGGUGACGCCGAUUCAUCCCGCAAGCACGGUCCGACGGAGUGACCCCGAGGAGCUGAAACCAGCUGAGCCAGCCCACGCCAUUCACCUCAACAAUCAUCUCCCUGAGGGUCACUCUGCGACCACUUUCCCACCACCCCACACCGCGCCACUCUAUGCUGGGAUUUACCCACAUGGCACUCUGGUUUCACCAGGCGCUCAGGACAGGCUUCAGCAGCACCCAGGCCUGCAAUACCUGAAAAGCCAGUCAGCUGUUUCCCCCCUUAUGCCCCCCUUCACCAUCCACUCCAUGAUGCUCCACAGGCAGCUGUUAGCCUCCAGCCCCAGCCCCCACCACCUCUACAGGUACCCAGGUGGGGCAGCACUGUACGGAGAGCUGUUGCACCACCUCUACCCUCUCUCGACCCUCCCACCGCCUCAGCUGUCGUCGGUACACCCCAGCACCAGACUUUGAGGGAGAUAACACCCUUCUUUUUCUCCACUCUCUUUGUUUAAACUGUCGAUUUAUUUCUGUUCACAUUGUGGCUCAAUUGAUGCAAAAGCACGGAUCAAAACUUUUGCUGACGACAAACUGAUAAAUCCAUCAUUCAGACUGCAAAUUCCAUUUUUUUUUUUUUUUUUACCUGUGUAUGCCUUUGUUUAUAUUCUUUGCACUGUUCUUUUUUUUAUCACCACUUACUGUAUCUUUUUGUUGCUUUUGUAACCCUAUUUGCACAAUGCUCGUGUGUGCAUAUGCUCACAGAUCAGUUAGUCGCUCUCAGUGACCGCUAGUCAGGUUUGUUGCUCUGGAAGGUCAGAAGUUGAGGGAAGCAGAGAAAAGCCAUUUGUUUACUGCGUCUGAGGGCUAAACUUUGUUGCUUAAAAACACUACAAGAAAGAUGGCAAUGAAAUGCAAAACUCUUUUAAAAACCUUAGUGUAUGAGUUCACAACUGCAACAGGCAUGGGUUGGUGUAUGAUUCUUGAAGAAUGAGUGGCGUAUGUAACAAUACCAUCGCAUUUAUGCUAAAAUAAAGCAAAAAUGUACACUAUAAGUUG